AUGGCAAAAUACACUACAACUGAAGAUGUUGUAAUGACCAAAGCUUGGAUAAGCAUUACACUUGAUGGUGUUGUCGGAGUUGAUCAAAAAUCAAAUCAGUUUUGGGAGAGGGUAUUCAAUGCUUAUGUAAGCAGUUUUGGGAACAAGAAUCAUAGGACUGUUCAUAAAUUGCAAAAUAGAUUUGGUCCAAUGGAAAAAGAUGUCAAAGUUUUUGUUGGUAUUUUAAGAAAUAUGCAUAGAAACAAUGGAAGCAGAUGCAAUAUUGAGGAUAUCGAGAGAACUGCUAGAUUAGAAUAUCGUAGGAUUAAAGGUGGAAAACCUUUUAAACAUGAAGAGGUGUACCGACUUUUCAAAGACCAAGUUCCCGGUUUCAAUCUUGAAGAAUUUGAUCCUACCCAAAAUCAAGAAUCGGAAUCGGGCGACCCAAGAUGGUACGAAGAGGAUGGCCCUCGUCGACUAUCGGGGAAAAGGGCUCAACAAAGGGAAGCUUCAGAGAUAUCGGCUAUCAACGACGGAAUCGACCGUAUAUUGAAACAUUUUAGUGAAGAGAAUGCAAAGAAGAUGGCUAGAUUGGAUACUCAAGAAGGAUAUUUACUAACUAUUGCAGAGACAAACAAGAAAUCUGUAGAUUUGGCUUUGGAGAAACAUGAACUCGAUUGA